AUGGCGGAGAAUGAAGUGGAGGAUGGACUGCUUCAGUUGCAACAAGUAGAAACUGACGGGAAUUACGAAGAACGUGUGCGUAGAGUUAAAUUCAAUGAUAUAAUAGAUUCAAAGUUCGGAUUCGAUCGUUACACGGGAACUACGGAAAGGGAUGCAUGGCUGAUUAAUUUUCAACCAGCUGAACUUAUAGACGAGCAUACUAAAGCAAUAAUAUCAGCAGUUGACUUUUAUUUUGUCCAGGGGAACGGUGAACGUUUCAAGAUAUCAUAUCCCUUUCGUCCUUAUUUCUACAUAAGCACUGCUGAUGGUGCUGAACAUCAAGUUGCUUCCUUUCUAACGAAAAAAUAUGCGGGUUUUCUUGCCAUUGACAUUAUGGACAAGGAGGAUUUGGACCUGAAAAACCACUUAUCAGGAUUAAAAAAGACUUAUCUGAAGCUUUCAUUUCCCAGCACCAGCGAACUCAUGAAGGUUAAAAAAGAUCUUAUGCCUCAUAUUAACAAAAAUAAGGAAAGAAUCAAAAAGGAAUCACAGUAUUGUUCCUAUUUAGCACGAAAUAUGGGUGGUUCUAAAUACGAUGUCCAAGAUUCGGACGUUUUCUCAGAUAUCCUAGACAUCAGAGAGUACGAUGUUCCAUAUCAUAUGCGUGUGGCUAUUGAUGAAAAGUACUUUGUUGGUAAAUGGUAUACUGUUCGAGGUAUUGCAGCGAAUAGGAAACCAAGCAUAAUAUGUCAUCCUACCCUUAUUGAUCCAAUUGAUCCAGUUGUACUGGCGUUCGAUAUCGAAACGACAAAACUUCCCUUGAAGUUUCCAGACUCAGCUACAGAUGAAAUUAUGAUGAUUUCUUAUAUGAUUGAUGGAAAAGGAUUUUUGAUAAUCAAUCGUGAUAUUGUCUCAGCCGAUAUCGAAUCUUUCGAGUAUACACCGAAAGAGGAAUAUAAAGGGAAGUUCUUUAUCUUCAACGAACCCGACGAAACAGCCACUAUCAAGAGAUUCUUCGACCACAUACUUGAAGUUAAGCCAAAUGUUAUUGUCACCUAUAACGGAGAUUUUUUCGAUUGGCCUUUUGUGGAAACAAGAGCUCAAAUUCGCGGUAUCGACAUGAGAGAGGAGAUAGGCUUCGCAAAGGAUUCUUUAGAUGAGUUCAAAAAUAGGAACUGUAUUCACAUGGAUGCUUUCAGAUGGGUGAAACGUGAUUCUUAUCUGCCUGUUGGUAGUCAAAACUUGAAAGCGGUUGCGAAAGCUAAGUUGCGUUACGAUCCUGUGGAAGUGGAUCCGGAAGAGAUGUGCAAAAUGGCCAGAGAAGAUCCCCAGAGUCUUGCAAACUACUCUGUCUCGGAUGCAGUUGCCACUUAUUAUCUAUACAUGAAGUACGUCCACCCAUUCGUAUUUGCAUUAUGCACUAUUAUUCCACUCGGACCUGAUGAUGUUCUUCGCAAAGGAUCCGGUACUCUAUGUGAAGCACUUCUCAUGGUGGAAGCUUUUCAUAACAACAUUGUAUUCCCAAACAAAUUCACUGGUGACGGUGAAGCGAAGAUGACCAAAGAUGGGCAUCGAAUAGAAUCCGAAACCUAUGUAGGAGGGCAUGUAGAAGCACUGGAAGCAGGAGUUUUUCGCGCUGACAUCCCUUGCAAGUUUCGUCUUACGCCAGCUGCACUGAAAAGCCUGAGAGAUUCUGUUCCUGAAACGAUCGAGAAGGAAUUAAUCCGGGAGUUUGGUAUCCCGCUUGAAAAUGUGGUUGACUUUGAAGAACGGUGUGCCGAGGUUCAAGAGACAUUUGAUAGUCUACUAGCUAUUCCUGCAAGAAUGGAGAAUCCACGAAUUUACCAUCUAGAUGUGGGAGCAAUGUACCCAAAUAUUAUUCUUACCAAUCGGCUACAGCCAUGUGCAAUGGUAAAUGAAGAAAUAUGCAUGGCUUGUACGUACAAUCGCCCAGAUGCAAAAUGCAAGCGAGCUAUGAAUUGGGAAUGGAGAGGAGAACUGACCCCGGCAACACGUGGAGAAUUACAACAAAUCAUCCAACAGCUUGAAGGAGAAACCUUCGGAAAGCCGGCAAAAGCUUUCCAUCAGUUGGAAAGGGCUGAAAGACAAUCCAUAGAGAAGAAGAGAGUUCAAGACUACAGUCGACGAGUGUAUGGACGAGCUCAUUUGACUCGUCUCGAAAUGCGACAAACAACUAUCUGUCAGCGCGAGAACGCCUUUUACGUGAACACAGUGAAAGCCUUCCGUGAUCGCCGCUACGACUAUAAGGAGUUGCUGAAGAAAGCUAAGGGUUCACUCGAUGAGAUUUCGAAAGAUGACAUAGCAGGGAUCAAGGCUGCACAAGGUCGUGUGGUUCUCUACGAGUCCCUACAACUAGCGCACAAAUGUAUUCUGAACUCUUUCUACGGAUACGUUAUGAGGAAAGGAAGCAGAUGGUUUUCCAUGGAAAUGGCUGGAAUAGUAUGUCAUACAGGUGCAAAUAUCAUUACCGAAGCGAGAAAGCUUGUAGAACAGAUUGGAAAGCCUUUGGAGCUUGAUACUGAUGGAAUAUGGUGCUUGCUUCCGGCUUCUUUCCCAGAGAAUAUUACUUUUAAACUCCAGAAUCACAAAAGAAAAUCGGUCACAGUAUCCUAUCCCGGUGCUAUGCUUAACGCUGUUGUAAAUGCAGGAUUUACAAAUGAUCAGUACCAUAACCUUCAGCCUGACGGCUCAUAUACCAUUUCCAAGGAGAACUCAAUCUUUUUCGAGGUGGAUGGCCCGUAUCAGUGUAUGGUAUUGCCUGCCUCAAAGGAAGAGGGAAAGAAACUUAAGAAAAGGUAUGCGGUUUUCAAUUUGGAUGGUUCCUUGGCUGAACUUAAAGGAUUCGAAGUGAAACGGCGUGGAGAGCUGAAUAUAAUCAAACAUUUCCAAUCAGCUGUAUUUAAGGCAUUUCUUCGUGGAACCACACUGGCUGAAGUAUACGAAAGCGCAUCUAGAGAAGCGGAUUAUUGGCUUGACGUUCUAUUCUCCAAAGGUGGAGCUUUGACGGACACUGAACUAUUUGAUCUUAUCUCUGAAAACAGAAGUAUGUCAAGAAAGUUGGAAGACUACGGAGCGCAGAAGAGCACGAGUAUUAGCACGGCAAAACGAUUGGCAGAGUUCCUUGGUGCUGAUAUGGUUAAAGAUGCUGGUCUUGCCUGUAAGUUCGUUAUAUCACGUCACCCUCUUGGUUCUCCUGUGACUGAGCGAGCGGUGCCCAUUGCCAUCUUUUAUGCUGAUGAAAAGGUAAGACUCCACUAUUUAAAACAAUGGACGAAACAGCCCACCCUAACAAUGGAGAAAACCAAUAUAAGAGAGCUGUUGGACUGGGAUUAUUAUAUCGAACGUCUUGGAAGUUGUAUACAGAAAAUCAUUACAAUUCCUGCCACUUUACAAGGACUGCAUAAUCCGGUACCCAGAAUAGCACAUCCUGAUUGGUUGGACAACAAGAUCAAAAAUAGAUUCGAUGCUCUACGACAACCUAGGAUUACCGAUAUUUUUGAAAAGCGAGCACCGGAAGAGACAAGCCUCGGUAUCAACGGGCAUGGAAAGCGUUGUCACGAAACUGACGAAGAUCAAGAAAAGGAGACCAGAAGAGACGAAGAUAAGGAGAAUGAGCCGAAAAAACAGAAACAAAUCAAUGAAGUAGCCAGUGCUGCUGUAGCAAACUCUACCACUCUUGAGAAGAAAUCACUAGCGCAUGAUGGUUUCGAUGAGUGGUUGAAAUAUUUGAAGAAGAAAUGGAGAAUACUCAAGUUAUCAAAAGUGCACAGCAGGAGGGAGAAAGCGUCUACACUGGUUGAAAGGAUGAUUUCUCAAACAAGAGAUGCCAUGCGUGAUAGGACAUGGCAGAUUUUAUCGUUGGAAGAAACUAGGACUCCCGGUAUUUACAAUAUUUGGGUUGCUCUCGAAGGUCAUAUGGACAGGUUCCAGUUGAGAAUUCCUCGUUCAGUGAUUAUAAAUGAAAAGGAGCCUAUCAAAGGCAGAGAAGUGAUCCGUCGAGUGCUUCCGCAUCAUAAACCCGUUCAUUACUUGUACGAGUACAUAAUCACUGGAAGCACAGAACAAAAGCUUAUGGAUGAAAUAAACGAGAAACUGUGUUCCUCUCGAGUGGAAGGGAUCUACGAAGCCCAAACACCGCUAGUGUUUCGAGCGAUGACUCAGAUUGGAUGCCUUUGUCGACCAAUGGCACCUCCCAUUGGUGGAGUUUAUUCGUUAGAAGCUCUCAAAACGAUCCCUCUCUCUUCUAGUCAAACCUGCUAUCUUUCCGAUGAUUCAUUUCGUACUGUUUUCUUGUAUAAAUUUGCACAGGAUACGAGGCAAGUGUGGGCAGUAGUCGAUUCGACUGCAUCUACCGGAUCAUUUUUCAUUGUUCAAAGAGGGGAUGUAACUAUGCCAAAUAUGGAUAGGAUAUACGCCCAAGCCUAUGAGGAUGAGAAGGACCAAUUUGUUUCAACCUGCGACAUACAAGCCAAGAUCAAGUUUACUACACGUCACUUUCGUGUGGUUGCUGAAGCUGAAAAAGAAGUUAACAAGGCUAUUCGUAUGAGUCGAGAGGCAACUACGAAAACGACAUUGUUAUGUAUGCUCGUCGAUGAGGAGCCCAAGGAAAUGAUGAAACGGAUAGUACAUUUGUCUUUAUUCCCCCAUGUACGCAUCCACGUUCAAGAACCACACUCACUAUUGAAUGUUAUUGAAUGGCAACGAGUAGUAGCGAAGAGAAUCUGCAAGCACUACUUUAACAGUUUCAUCUAUGUAAAGGAUUAUGCGGAUUGGGCUCGAUAUCUACAUGUUCCUAUUGGCAGUGUGCCAAGUGAUGCAGGGAUAUUUGGUCUGGACCUGUUCUUUGCAAGAAAUCUUCAAAGAGCUGGACAUGUGCUAUGGGCUUCUCCCUCGAGCCGCCCAGACCUCGGCGGCAAGGAAUUGGACGAUCUCCGUCUGACCUCCGAUUGGAAACCACUUACACAGGAUGAGACAGUACUGUUGAACAACCCAUCCUUCUGUGGAAGCAUUUGUGUGGAGUUUCAAGUAGAAGCCGUGGCGGUAACGGCACUUGUGCAACGAGGUCGUCUUCUUGAAGCCGAAGGUGCGGAUGAUACCGUCGCCUUCGACUCUACAGCAGCGUUACCGUCAGAUGCAUACAGUGGUCUAAGAAAUACGAUCUCCGCUUUUGAUGAAGGUGCUGCAAUCGAUGCCGCGUUGAAAAUUUUGAAGCAAAUGUUAACGGAUUGUGUACGAGAUAUUGCGCAAGGAGGAAAUAAACGGGCUGAUGAAGUAGUAAUGUCUCUAAGCAGAUGGCUUCGCUCUCCAAACUCUCUCCUAUUUGAUCCUGCUAUCACAAGAAGCGUGAGCAUCCUAGAGAGGAAGCUGAUUCUGUUAUUAGCAGCAGAAUGUGAACGACUAGGAGCUAAGAUUAUCCAUGCCACCCCGACCAAAUUAGUUCUGGACACGGGUAAACGCGAACUGGAACAAGGCAGCGCGUUUACAGAACUCCUUCUACAGUCACUGGGUCAGAAUCCGCUAUUUGCUGCUUUGCAUAUGGCGCCAGUGCAUACGUGGACCACAUUGUUGUGGUAUGAUGGCUAUAAUAAUACAGGUGUAUGUGAGAAGAUGGUUGAACACAAUAGUGGGGAUAACGAGACAUCCAGAGAAUCUCAAAGAAAGACGGAGACUCGACAUCAUUGGCGUCUUGCUGACGAUCUUCCAAAUGAAGGAGCGGUUCAAGAGGAGUUUCGCAAGAUCGUAACGGGAUAUGUAAUGUUGUAUAUGCAGCAGCAAACAAAAGAAGAUUUUGACAUGGAAGCAGCGUUAACCUUCCGUCAUAAUCUAGUCAAACAGCACAUAGGGCAUCGACUGUUCCGUGUUGUAUCGAAGCUGGUGUCCCAAAGGUCAACUUACUAUGCUGCAGCUUCCCUAGUCAAAGUGAUCUGUACAGCUUUAUCGUGCGACUCAGCGGUGGAGGAUAGUGUGGAUGGACUUCAAGAGAAUUUACAUCGAAUAUUAGAUUCAAAAGAAUCACCGCCCACUCGAGAUACCGUGUACCUGUCUAAUGUUUUCUGCAGCAACUGUUCUAUAGCAACAAAUAUCGAUGUUGGAGAUGAACUGUCGUGGACGUGUAAGGAAUGUGGACAGCCACUAGACAAGUCCGUUAUCGACGAAACGAUUGCAGAGAGAUUAAACACACUAAUGACAGCUUAUCUUUUACAAGAUCAUGUAUGUAGCAAGUGCAAAUCGAUCCGAAGAGAUAACAUCUCAAAGUAUUGCGAUUGCUCUGGAAAUUUCGUGAACACUAUCGACGCUGCCGAUCUGCUCAGAGACGCGAAAGCAACAGAAGAAAUCGGAGAAAAGUAUGAUUUACCGCUCAGCAUCGAAAUGAGCCGAUGGAUUUGUGCGGGAAUAGAAGUGUAG